CAGAGCGAGAGGCAGCUUUGAGACGCCGCGACAAAGAUGCCCCAUAGCAGCCUGCGCGCCAUUGUCGUCCUCCUGUUGGUGAUCCUUAAGGAGCAGCCUUCCAGCUCAGCCCCACUCAACGGAUCCAAGUGGACCUAUGUUGGUCCUGCUGGGGAAAAGAACUGGUCUAAGAAGUACCCAUCAUGUGGAGGCCUCCUGCAGUCCCCAAUAGACCUACAUAGCGACAUCCUUCAAUAUGAUGCCAGCCUCGCACCCCUCCAGUUCCAAGGUUACAACGUGUCUGCUGAAAAGCUGUUGAACCUGACCAACGACGGCCAUUCAGUGAGACUGAAUCUGAACUCGGACAUGUACAUCCAGGGCCUCCAGCAUCACCAAUACAGAGCGGAGCAGCUACACUUACACUGGGGGAACCGCAAUGACCCCCAUGGCUCUGAACACACCGUGAGUGGGAAGCACUUUGCUGCUGAGCUGCACAUUGUCCAUUAUAACUCAGACCUGUACCCUGACUUCAGUGCUGCCAGCGACAAGUCAGAAGGCCUCGCUGUCCUUGCUGUUCUUAUUGAGAUAGGCUCUGCCAAUCCAUCGUACGACAAGAUCUUCAGUCAUCUUCAACAUGUUAAGUAUAAAGGCCAACAAGUGCUCAUCCCUGGCUUCAACAUUGAAGAACUUCUGCCUGUGAGCCCUGGCGAGUAUUACCGUUAUGAAGGCUCCCUCACUACACCUCCUUGCUACCCUACGGUGCUCUGGACAGUCUUCCGAAACCCUGUGCAGAUUUCCCAAGAGCAGCUGCUGGCUUUGGAGACUGCUCUGUAUUUCACACACAUGAGUGAUCCAACCCCCAGAGAAAUGGUCAACAACUUCCGGCAGGUCCAGAAGUUCGAUGAGAGGCUGGUGUAUAUCUCCUUCCAACAAGGUAUCAUCCUUUCAGUGGCCCUGGCUGGGGUUCUUGGGAUCUCCAUUGUUCUGGCAGUGUCUAUUUGGCUCUUCAAAAGGAAGAAGAGCAAGAAAGGUGACAACAAGGGAGUCAUUUAUAAGCCAGCCAUCAAGAAGGAGGCUGAGGUCCACGCCUGAGUUCCCUGGCAGUCCCAGACAUCCAAGGAAGGACCUUGCUUUGGACACUACAUACUUUGGCUCUCUGGACACUUGAAAUACCUCAAGGUGUUCUCUUGAGCUCACCUGUAUCACCUUCCCCCAGACUCUUGUGAGGUUCCAGCUGGGCCUCCCCUGUUCUACUGUCACACUCACCCUAGGGUGGCCAGGGAGUGGAUGAACUGAACUAGGGGGAGGAGUUUUGAGUGGGUUUCUCUAUCUGUGUGAGAUGGCUAAAGAUUCUGAAGUCUGGGUCACAAACCUAACCUGCUGGUGGGCCGUUAUGGUUUGGAAAACACUUCCAUCCUGGGUUCUUCCUGGUCCAUUUCCAAGGCCCUGAACAUUCUACUAUUCUCCAGUCUUCCAGACUAGAACAUGUACCCUUGGCUUAGGUGAUACUUUUGAAACUCAGCUUCCUUCCUCAGGGAGCAGUUGUCUUCCUUGGAUUUCCUUCUGUUCUGGCAGACCGCCCCCAGCCUGACCUCGCACCUAUUGGGAAAAACUGAGACAAGAAGUAUCAAAUUAUCAGAAAGAAAGGAAAACUAUAAUAUACCAGGGCAUUUUUAUAGUCCUGUCUUUUGGGUUACAGACAUUGACCAAGCUUUGUAGCAAGGCAGGCUCAAGUUUUAUCCUUAGUGGGGAUGAAAGGGAGACAGAAAAUUCUAGAAGGAAAAGAGGGAACCGGAAGGCAUACAUUGUCCAGGAGUCUUCCUUUGGAGUCAGAACUGGAAUCAAGGUACAGUGUGGGGGAAAAAAAAUCAGUCAACAUCAUGACCUACUUAGCUUCAGGAGGACAGUUACGCUUUAUACCCCACUCCAUUACUUGAAAAUGAAUUACUUUCUCUGUCCUGUAGUAGAUUGAAUUCUAGAAUAAUCUACUCUGUUUUGAACCCAUGGGAAACAGACAGAAGCAAGACUACUGGACAGCUUUGCCUCUUUUGCCCAAAUGUCAGCUCUCCCUUGUCUGAUCUUCCUACUGCCCACUCAUCGUCUACUCCUCUGGCUGUGGGGAAGUCUAAAUAAUGUA